AAGCAUAGAGAGAGCAUGGAGAAGUACGAGGGAAGUUUCUAUUCUCUAUCUUUCCCCGACAUAACAAUGGAUACAAUAUUAUUAAUCUCCCAGUCUCUCUCUUCUCUUUCUUUUUGCACAAUUUGAUGCAAUGAAAGGCCCACCAACCAACCCUUUAUAUUCCCCACCUUCUUUCUCUCCAUUCACCAAAGUGCACAAUGCUACCAUUCAACCAAGCUACCCUAACUCCUAAACCCCUCAAUCCCACUCCCUCACCCAACCACCACCAACCUCCACCACCACCACCACCACCACCACCUUCCUCUUCUUCUUCCACUACUCGAACCAUGACGAACACCAAUCCAAUUCUAGAUUCUAAUCCUCCAAACCUCGAAGGAGAUUCCGAUUCUGAUAUUGACGCUCUCAUCAAUGCUUUUUUCGAACCUAAUCCCCAAUUCCCCUCUCUCGAUCAACUCCAAGGAUCCACCUCCGAUGCCAAUGAAUCAUCUCCCAAGAGAGGAUUAGACACCGGGGAUGAUUCUUCCCACGCACCAAUUCCCCUCAAACGCAGUCGUAUUGACAAUGUCAUCUUCCCCCGCGCUGAUCUCCACGCCGCCUUUCAAAUUCAAAACCCUACUCCUUCUCCUUUUCCUCUCUCUCAGCCUCUGUUGCAUGCCGCCGCUACCAAUGGAGACACUCAAGUUGUGGAAGGGCAUGGGAGGCGCCCGGUGUUUGACUCCGAUUUUCUGUCCAGGGCUCUCCGUGAAGCUGAAUCGGUCCUUCCGCAGAAUUCAGGCGAGAACGACGUUAACUUUGACGUGGAACCUGGUGAUUUUAGUGCACCUUAUCUAUCGCUGAAUGAUUUUAGGAGGAUUCGGAACAUGGAGCGUUUCCGACAGAUAGCGAAGGAAAGCGCCACUCACUAUGCUCGAUUCACGUCGGAGGAGACCGCAGAUGAAAGGCCGUCUUCUUCUGCUGCGCCUCAGGGAAUCGACGAUUCCACAUCUCCGUUUUCGAUCUCGAUGAAGGCGAUCAAAGAGGGAGCGGCGAAAAAGAAGGGGCGUGAGACGUGGGUUGCGAAGAGUCAAAAGGGGGAGAAGAGGGUCUGUGUUCCCUCCUUGCAAGAACUGUGUCUCAAAAUUCUCGCGGACAAUGCUGAUGCCAUGGUUUCCCUUGAGGGUGUGCCGGAUGAGUUGAGGCACAAGCUUUGCAAACUGCUCUGUGACUCGAGAAAGAUGAAUAGUCACUUUCUUGAACUUCUUCUCAGCGGGUCUCCCACGGAGAUUCGCCUGAGAGAUUGCUCCUGGUUGACGGUGGAACAGUUCGCCGAAUGUUUUCAUUCGUGUGACACUGGAAGAUUGGAGGUGCUGCAACUUGACCAGUGUGGAAGGUGUAUACCUGAUUAUGCAUUAUUUGGUCCUCUGAGACAGUCACCAUGGUGGUUGCCAAGACUAGUUAAUCUGUCCCUCAGUGGUGCAUGCCGUCUUUCAGACAAGGGGUUGCAUGUGCUAGUUUCUUCUGCCCCAUCACUAAGAUCAAUUAAUUUAAGCCAGUGCUCCCUUCUCUCAUCUGUCAGUGUCAAUAUUUUGGCGCAUUCGUUGGGAUCUCUACUGAAAGAGCUAUAUCUUGAUGAUUGCCUAACCAUUGAUGCUGCACAAAUUGUGCCGGCAUUGAAGAAACUCGAACAUUUAGAAGUGUUGUCAUUGGCUGGAAUUCAAACUGUCUCUGAUGAAUUUAUCGGGGAUUACAUCACUGCACGUGGUCACAACAUGAAGGAGCUUGUUUUAAAGGACUGUAGAAAAUUAACAAAUGCAUCAAUAAAAGUCAUCGCCGAGCACUGUCCCGAGUUGUGUGCACUCGAUCUUAUGUAUUUGGACAACUUGACGGAUAUAUCCAUGGGAUAUCUUACGAAUAACUGUCGAGUACUCCAUACAUUGAAGCUCUGCCGUAAUCCAUUCAGUGAUGAAGCAAUUGCUGCAUUUUUGGAGAUUGCUGGAGGGUCCUUAACAGAACUUUCACUUAAUAAUAUUAAGAAGGUUGGGCACCAUACAGCCUUAUCUCUUGCUAGUCAUUCAAAAAAUUUGCAUACUCUAGAUCUGUCUUGGUGCCGAAAUUUGACAGACAAUGAGUUGGGUUUGAUUGUAGAUAGCUGCUUCUCACUGAGGUUGCUUAAACUUUUUGGAUGCUCACUGGUAACAGAUGUCUUUCUCAAUGGGCACUCAAACCCAGAGAUUCAGAUCCUAGGAUUGAAGAUGGCUCCUUUAUUGCAAAAUGUCAGAAUGCUUGAUACCUGUGAAGGUCCUUUGCGUUAUUCACCAGUCUCGGUAGAUUUGAUAUAUAAAUGACAAUUAAAAAUGGAACAUAUUGUUAUUUCUAGUAAAAGCAGACAUAACUUUCUGCCAACGUGGUGCUAACCAGAAGGAGACAGUGUUGCCCGAUUACUUUUAGUUUUACUGAUGCCAUUGUUGUUGCAAGGAUUCAAUCCCAAACAUACAGACAAUUCAUAUUCAUUAUGUACAGUGGAUAUGUAAAUUUUACUGAGACAGGUAAUAAUAUUUUUUUCCU